GAUGGAGUGGGGUGCUGCUCCCGAGGCAUCACUCUGGGGGGCCAUGAGGGGCUCUCCUGGGAGCUGUGGCUCUACCACUGAAGGGACCUGAGGGACAGAGAUAUGGGGAAGGGGGCGGACGCCAGCAGGGCCACGAGACCCCAGCACAAAGCCCACCUGGCCUGCCCCCUCGUCCUGUUCUCCUUAUCCUGUCCGGCUCAGGCUGCUUUUCUGUUUGGAAGCCAGGCCUGAGCUGUAGAGUCCCCCCACUCCCCCCAAGCCCCCUCCAGUCCCUUGGCUGACUCCUGCCCACCCCAGACCUCAGCCCUCCCUCCUCGCCUCCCCCACUCUGGGCCACAGCUCCAACCACAGCAUCCUCUGGGGUUUGGCCUGCAGCACCAGGGCGGAGCACCCCCAAAUAGCCCUGGCAGACACGACCCGCUGUCCUGGGUCGGCCCCAGAGUAUAAAAAGCAGAAACCGAGGCUGGCAAGGGUACUUCAGCCUGAGCCGCAGCUGCCUGACACCAUGAGGCCCCUCGCACUCCUUGCCCUGCUGGCCCUGGCCGCCCUCUGUCUCGCCCACCCGGCAGAUGCAGAGCCCAGUCGCCCAGAACCCGGCAGAGGAGCAGCCUUCAUGUCCAAGCAGGAGGGCAGUGAGGUGGUGAGGAGACUGCGCCGCUACCUGGCUCAGGGACCCGGUGCCCCAGCCCCCUACCCAGACCCCCUGGAGCCCAAGCGGGAGGUGUGUGAACUCAAUGCUGACUGCGACGAGCUGGCUGACCUCAUUGGCUUCCAAGAGGCCUACCGGAGAUUCUACGGCACCGCCUAGAGCCCAGCCGCCUGCCCACCACCUGCCUCAAGUCCCACGAGACCCCAGCACUGCCCAUCUGGCCUGCCCCUUGUCCUGUUCGCCUUAUCCUGUCCGGCUCAGGCUGCUUUUCUGUUUGGAAGCCAGGCCUGAGCUGUGGAGUCCCCCCACUCCCCCUAUGCCCCCUCCAGUCCCUUGGCUGACUCCUGCCCACCCCAGACCUCAGCCGUAGAAUCUCGUGGAACUGGAGUCACUCUAGAAUAAAACCCAGACGAUAAACCGA